AGAAGACGGAGGUACGUCGUUAUUUAUUGUCCUUCAUAAAUUUCACUAACAAACAGCAAAUUCAUGCACGUAUUGUGAUUUUUUUUUAAGCAUGUAGUUUCGGCUGUAGGCUAUUCAUAAAAUGUAUGUUCAGCAGCUUCAACAGGAUUAUGGUAGGUGAUGAUGAAUCCCCUUAAUCAGACACUUUCAGACCAUCUUGGUCCAAAAGGUGGCUAUAAUGGGCAAAUCACAGAAGAAUGCAUGCUGGGAAACUGUCGAGUGAGUCUCCCAGAGGACCUACUGGAAGAUCCUGAAACCUUCUUCUCUGUGAUAACUGAAAGCACAUGGGCAGAAGUGCUGUCAGACUCCCAGAGGCAGCACCUUCGUCAGUUUUUACCACAGUUUCCUGACAACAAUAUUGCAGAGCAGGACAACACCAUCAGUGACCUGUUCAACAACAGAAAUUUUACCUUUGGAAAUCCCCUUCACCUUGCACAAAAAAUGUUCAGAGAUGGCUACUUCAAUCCAGAGGUGGUCAAAUACAGAGAACUGUGUGCCAAGUCCCAGAAGAAGCGACAGUUGUACUCUCUUCAGCAGUAUUACCACAGACUGUUGAAGCAGAUCCUUGUCUCCAGAAAGGAGCUGCUAGAGCAUGCCGUUCAGAAUGGACUGGAUUUUCCACCAAAAAGAAAACUGCCCAGUAGGUCUCAUGCUGAAAUGCGGGAGUCAAGGGUCAGAAGAAGAUUAAGCCGCAUUUUAAAAGAGGUUAAAACUGAGUGUGGUGAUAGUAAUCCUUCAUCUGAUGAUGAGGAUUUGUCGUUAUGGGCCAAAGCACCACAAUCGCCUUCCUCUCCAACGGCCACAGUCUCACUCAGAGUUGUGCACACCCUCUCAACUCCAGACAUGAAAACCGCUGACAAAAUAGAACUAGAAGAGGAGGACUUGAAAGCUAUGCUGCAAAACCAUAGAGAGAAGAGAAAACGACAGCCAGAUCACCCAGACUUAAUGACCUCUGAUAUCCAUCUCGGAGAUAUCAUUUCAAGAGCAAAUAUUGGUCGGAAAGGAAAUAUAUCACUUUUUGAGCUGCCUCUUCCAAAGAAGAAGAUACGAGACGAGAGAAGGAGGAAGAAAAUGAGACCAAUAAAAUUGGAGUCCGAGGAUCCCUGUGAAAUUCUUGUACCUUCAGACUCCCAAACGGCUCCACCAGCAAAUAUUAUCAACUCCCUGCCAGAUACACCAUCUUCUCCACUGGUCAACAUCAAGGAGGAGAUGGUGGAGGAGAGCAGCCCAGUUAUAGUUGAAGAAAUAGCCAUCAGUUUCUUUAACUUGCUGGAGAACAUAAUUAAGACAGAAAUCCUUGUCUCAACCUCAGUGUUAGAGGAGAAGGUGCAAAUGUGGCAGUCCUCUCCAGCUAGUUCUCUCAAUAUCUGGUUUUCCUCUGCUUCUUGUUGGUCUGAACUGGUUCUUCAAGCCCUGCAGUUUCUUGCAGGAGAAACUAAAGAUGGUAUGAUGGCACUCCCCAGUGGGUUUUCUCCAUUUGUGGAAUUUUCUGCUGAAUCUCAGCAGUGGAGGUGGAUUGGCCCUACUCAUGAUACAGAGAAGGAUGUAAGUGCACUCUGUCAGCUGUGGCUCGACUCUAAAGAUUUUGUUGUCAAGACUGAAAAUGAAGAACUGUUUGAGAUGACUCCUCCUAUACCCAGAGUCAGUUCCAUUGAUUAUGUGGUGCGGCCCAGUACUGGAGACGAGAAACAAGUAUUUCAAAUCCAGGAGCAGCAGCGAUACAGCCAGCCACAUAAAGCCUUCACAUUUAGGAUGCAUGGCUUUGAGUCCAUUGUGGGGCCUGUUAAAGGUGUGUUUGACAAGGAGAUGUCUCUCAACAAAGCCAGGGAGCAUACACUGCUCCGCUCAGACCGCCCACCCUAUGUUACCAUUCUUUCUCUUGUGCGGGAUGCAGCAGCCAGGUUACCCAACGGAGAGGGAACCCGAGCAGAGAUAUGUGAACUUUUGAAAGACUCCCAGUUUCUUGCUCCCGAUGUCACAAGUGCACAGAUAAACACGGUGGUCAGUGGGGCUCUGGAUAGGCUUCACUAUGAGAAAGACCCUUGUGUGAAGUAUGACAUUGGCCGUAAACUAUGGAUUUACCUCCAUCGUAAUCGAAGUCAAGAAGAAUUCGAGAGGAUCCACCAGGCUCAGGCUGCUGCUGCUAAAGCAAGAAAAGCUUUACAGCAAAAACCUAAACCUGCAUCAAAACCUAAGUCUGGCAGUAAAGAUGGAUGCAGCAAAACUCUUGGAAAUCUGGAAGCAGGACAGGAUAUAGGAUCCAGUCCUAUGUCACCAAUCCCUACGAUUCCCACCCCAAACACACCUGGAACCCCUAAAUCACCCUUAGCUUCUACUGCCACUACACCAACUAAAACUGGAGUUCCAGAUACAGCCAAGUCCAGUACCGGGGUUCUUCUGGUAUCCCCUCCUUCCUUGCCCCAGCUGGGAACUAUCUUGCCCAGUAGUCAGGCUAGUUCACCACCAUCACAGCCAGUCCCAACUCCACACGCUGCCCGGAUAAUGAGUCACUUGACAGCGGCUUCCCUCCCUCAGGUACGGGUAGUUUCUGCUCAGCCUGGCCUCGGUAGUUCCACAGGAAGUCAACAGGCCACAUUGGUGCACCAGCCUCCUCAUCAAAUCAGGAUGCCUGUUUCAAUGGCAGCCAAGGGCAUUUCUCAGGCAAUGGUUUCAGUUCCACUGAGGAGUCAGUCUGCUAGUAGCCCGGUACAUAUGCCGACCUCGCUGUCUGUUUCCGCUGUAACUAUGGCCAAACCUCAGCCUGGCUCACCAGGUAGCCCAGCAACCAACGCUGCCUCAUCAGCUGUGCUUCAAGGAGUCGCUAACCCAAAUAUUAAACAGGUAUCCAUCACAGGCCAACUGGGAAUGAAGACACCAGGAGGAGCAGGAAUUCCAAUAACAGCUACAAACCUGCGCAUUCAGAGUAAAGACGUCCUGCGCCUUCCACCAUCCUCUAUAACUACAGAUGCUAAAGGCCAGACUGUGUUGCGAAUCACCCCUGACAUGAUGGCUACACUUGCUAAAUCCCCAGUUGCGACUGUCAAACUCGCACCUGACUUUCUGAGCAAUGCCACCGCAGGUAGCAAGAGCAUAUCAGCUACUAUCCACGUAACACCACCCCACCCUUCACUUUCUGCCUCCUCAAGUUCACUGUCCUCUACGGGGGAAGUCCAGACCUCUAAAACAGGCCCUGGGCCCUCCACCUUAUUAACAGCCACAGGAGACACAGGCAUACGAUUGAUGCCCACUUUGGCGGUUACUGUGGCUGACCAGAAAUCUCGGACUUUCUCCACCGUCACCACUCCUGACAAGAGUGGUGCCACCAUUCGCAUAAUGCCAGGUCUUGGUGUUAUUCCACAGAAACCAGGACAAACCAUCACAGUAACACCCACCACUGUCAGUAAACCACCCACAGCCUCCACAUGUGCUAACGUAAUGACCAUGGCUGCCGGUGUCAUGGCCGGAGCCAAGGGACUGACAGUGGGGCCUGCAGCCUCGGGCUCACCACUAACACUUGCAACAGCUACGGCCGCUGUACGGCAGGUCCCUGCUAAUGUGGUCACUACACAAACGGGAAAGUUGCCUGCACGAAUCACAGUGCCCCUCUCUGUCCUCAACCAACCCCUGAAGAACAAGAACGUUGUGACCAGUCCCAUAGUGAAAGGAACGCCAAACCCCAAUAUCAGCAGCCUUGGUAGGAACAUCAUCCUGACCACCAUGCCCACUGGCACAAAGCUGAUUGCAGGGAACAAGCCGGUCAGCUUUGUCACCGCACAACAGUUACAGCAGCUCCAGCAGCAAGGACAGGCCACACAGGUUCGCAUCCAGGCGGUUCCAACACAGCAGCUCCAGCAGCAGAUGGCAACAGGGUCACCGAAAGCAGUUUCCACAGUUGUAGUCACAACAGCACCUUCAUCCAAAUGUGUACCUGAUCCCUCACCUGGACCACAGCAGUGAAUCCAGCUCAGCCAGCAGAUCAGUAUUAUGUCUAUGUAUAUGAACAUAUCAGUAUAUAUGUUUAGCUCACACUCAAGUUCCCAUGUUUGUGCAGCUGGUGUGUCUUCAUGCUUUUGUUCUUUGCAAACACCUCUCUGAUUGGCGCUGCUGCAGGUUUUUCAAUUAGUGUUGAUCUCAACCAACCGAUUAAUCGAAGCGGAUGUUGACUACACAAAACUACUAAUUAAACUUUCCUCAUCCCUGUUAAUUCUGUCUUUAUUAAGCAGUUGAUUUGUCUGAACAAUAAAGCUGAUACUAUAAUG